AUGAUCAAUCUUCGCGGUGCUCCUCUGCUUCGUCCGUUCCUCAUCUUCGGAUUCAUUGGUCUCUGCAUCGUCGAUUCGUUCUCGCGUAUCAACGGCUACAAGAACCACUGGCGAGACAUCUGGUCUGAAAAGCAUCACUUUCAGUGUCACUGUGUGCUCUGUUUCCAAGAGAUCUACCACAUGGUCAUCGAGAAGCCGGCUGUGGUUGAGGAACGUGUGUCACCGUUCUUCUCCUGGUUCCGCCUACCGAGAGUACAAGCUCCAUCUGUUCGGGAGGAAUAUGUGUGA